AUGGAAAACAAUAAUCAAGCCAUAGAUAGUCAAAUCCAAGGUAAGUAAUCGCUCUUAACGAAAAAAAAAAAAAAAACUAGAGACGUUGAUUUAAAAAAAAGGUCGUGGCCAUUACAAUAAGUAUUGGAAGGCAAUGAUGAAAUGGUGGACAGUGACAUUAAAGAUAAGACUAAGGAGGGUUUUGAAAGGUGUUACGAGUGGCGGGUCUUUUAUUCUAGAGUAAACUAAAUAAAUAAAUAACCCGAAGGGAGCCGAAGGUAGCGGACAUAGCCGAAGGCAACCGAAGGUACCCUAAGACUUCGGAAUGAACCCAAAGGCAGCCAAAGGUAACGAACAUAGCCGAAGGCAACCGAAAGUACCCUAAGACCUCGAAAUGAACCCGAAGGCAGCCGAAGGUAACGAACAUAGCCGAAAAUGGUCGAAGGUACCGUAAGACCUCGGAAAGAACCCGAAGGGAGACGAAUGAUCCCGACGACCUAAAAAGAACCGGAAGUUAGUGAAAUGAACCGCAAGUAAGCGAAAAUAACUCUCGUUUCUAUUGUUUAUAGAUUUAAUGGACUCCCAGGACAAUGAAUUAUUCUUAGCCGCCUCUCGCCGCUACGAGCAACAGGGUGGGAACCCUAUCUUUCGGGCCAUCUUUACCCAAGCAGGCAGAAACCGCUCGUUUCGCGGAAUAGUGCAUCAAAAGAAGUUUCGCCUAACAUUUCUUCAACUUCGAACCCCAGAAGAAAACGAACCACUCGGCGAAGCUUUAACAGAAGCGAUUCGCCAAGGACUGCAGCAAGUCGUCCAGGCAGAAAACAUCAAUCCUGCC